AUGGCCGAACCACAGAUCGCAUACGCUCAAGACGAAUACGGUCGACCUUUCAUCGUCGUGCGCGAGCAGGGCAAAAAGACGCGCGCCAACGGCAUUCAAGCCAUCAAGAACCACAUUUCAGCAGCCAAGACGGUCGCCAACAUCCUCAAAACAUCGCUCGGACCACGCGGUCUGGACAAGAUUCUCAUCAGCCCCGAUGGCGACAUCCAGGUCACCAACGAUGGCGCCACCAUCAUGAACAACAUGGAGCUUGACCAUCAGAUCGCCAAAUUGCUCGUCGAAUUGAGCAAGAGUCAGGACGACGAGAUCGGAGACGGAACCACCGGCGUCGUCGUGCUCGCAGGUGCGUUGCUCGAACAGUCGGAAGCGUUGCUCGACCGAGGUAUCCACCCCAUCCGUAUCGCCGACGGUUUCGAGCGCGCCUGCAACCUCGCCGUGCAAGAACUCGAAAAGGUCGCCGACCUGGUCGAAUUCGACAAGGACAACAUCGAUGAGCUCAUGAAGGUCGCCAAAACAUGUCUCGGAUCCAAGAUUGUCUCGAAAGCGUCGGACAAAUUCGCCAAGAUCGCCGUCGACUCGGUGCUCUCUGUUGCCGAUCUCAAGCGACGCGAUGUCGACUUUGAGCUGAUCAAGGUAGACGGCAAAGUAGGCGGUGCAUUGGAAGAUACGCAACUCGUACAAGGCGUCGUGAUCGACAAGGACAUGUCGCAUCCACAGAUGCCUCGUGUCGUCAAGGACGCCAAGAUCGCCAUUCUCACCUGUCCCUUUGAACCGCCUCGUCCCAAGACUAAGCACAAGCUCGACAUCACCUCGGUCGACGAGUAUCGCAAACUUCAAGACUACGAAAGACAAAAGUUUGAAGAGAUGAUCAAGCGUGUCAAAGACUGUGGUGCCAAUCUGGUCGUCUGCCAGUGGGGAUUCGAUGACGAAGCCAACCACCUUUUGCUGCAACACCAACUGCCCGCGGUGCGAUGGGUGGGAGGACCGGAGCUAGAGUUGAUCGCCAUCGCCACCAACGGCCGCAUCGUGCCACGCUUUGAAGAUCUCUCACCGGAAAAGCUGGGUCGAGCGGGUAUUGUGCGCGAAGUGGGUUUCGGCACGACGCGCGAUCGCAUGCUCAUCAUCGAAGAGUGCGCCAACACGCGUGCCGUCACCGUCUUUGUGCGCGGUUCGAACAAGAUGAUCAUCGACGAGGCCAAGCGCGCACUGCAUGACGCCAUCUGCGUGGUGCGCAACCUGGUGGUCGACAACCGUGUCGUGUACGGUGGUGGGGCCGCCGAGAUCUGCGCUUCGGUCGCCAUCUCCAAGGCAGCCGACGAGAUCGCCUCGUUGGAGCAGUACGCCAUGCGUGCGUUCGCUUCGGCACUCGACGCUAUCCCGCUAGCGCUAGCCGAAAACUCGGGUUACUCGCCCAUCGAAACGUUGGCAGAAGUCAAGUCGAGACAGGUAACCGAGAAGAAUCCCAAAUUGGGCAUCGACUGCAUGGGCGCUGGUGACAACGAUAUGAAGAACUGCCGCGUCUUCGAUCCGCUUGUCUCCAAGAGACAGCAGCUGCUGCUCGCAACGCAGCUGGUCAGGGCGGUGCUCAAGAUCGACGAUGUGAUUGAACAGCACAACAUCGAAUAA